GUGAAAGAAAAAGAAACUAGAAAGUACUAUUUUUGGGUUAGAGAAAUUUAUGAAAGCAAUCUGUGUGUUAAAUAAAUUUGUCAAAUUGCAAUGUACAAGAUUUAACACGCUUUCAUGUAAGUGUGUUCAAAUGAUGUACAUCUCUCUGAACAUCAUUGUUCCUUGAGAAUAAGCUGCAAUUGACUCAUGCCUGAUUUCAAGUGGAGGAAAGAUAUUAUCUGAUCUAGAAACAGUUGACAAUUACAUGGAUGUUUUCAGAUUGUAGUUCCAUUCCUUGAUUUCUUUUCAAAUAUAUUUGAGGAUGGAGAUGUCUAUACAUCAAGACAAUUCUGAUAUCAACGGUAUGGCAGUUGUAGGGUCAGGAUCUUGCCUCUACGAUCUCUUUUGCACUGAAACACCAAGUUUGAAUUCUCAAAGUCAAAGAGAGCGAUGGAUGUUAACAGGUCCACAGGAAAGGUUAGACAAUCUGAUGCGUCAAGCUGGAAACAAGUUCUGCGCUGAUUGUGGAUCAUCAGAGCCAAAAUGGGUGUCUGCGAGUCUCGGAGUAUUUAUUUGCAUUAAGUGCUCUGGUAUACACAGAAGCUUAGGAGUUCAUAUAUCUAAGGUUCUGUCACUGAGUCUAGAUGAUUGGACAGACGAACAAGUUGAUUUGUUGGUCCACUUGGGUGGAAAUACAGUUAUCAAUAAGAAGUAUGAAGCUUGUUUGCCAAGUAAUAUUAAAAAACCUAAACCGAAUUCUUCCAUUGAGGAGCGCUCCGAGUAUAUUAGGAGAAAAUAUGAGUUUCAACAAUUUUUGGAUACUGAGGAGAAUUUGUCUUGUCCCUUUCCAUCCCACACAAGACAUUCUUCAGGUGGUCACGUAAGAACUUCUUCACGUGACCACGCAUCAUCUGGUCAUACAAGAACUUCUUCAUCCGGUCAGACCAGUUCCUCCUCCAACGUAGACAAAAAACGCUAUGAUAAACAAACAACUAAAAAUCGUCUCGGGCUAACAUUUCGAAACAGUUGGGGAAGAAAAGAGUCUGAGUGUAAGACAAAAAAGAGUGGCUCAUUGGCAGGUAUGAUUGAAUUUGUCGGGUUGAUUAAGGUUAAUGUGGUAAAAGGCACCAACCUAGCCAUCAGAGAUUUAAUGACUAGUGACCCUUAUGUCAUCCUUUCUCUUGGUCACCAAUCGGUAAAGACGCGUGUCAUAAAGAACAAUUUAAAUCCAGUUUGGAAUGAAUGUCUAAUGCUAUCGAUUCCUGAGAGCAUGCCUCCUCUUAAAGUGAUUGUAUAUGACAAAGAUUCAUUCAAAAAUGAUGAUUUUAUGGGAGAGGCUGAAAUAGAUAUUCAACCACUUGUUUCAGCAGCAAAAGCAUAUGAGAAAUCUUCAAUCAAUGAGUCAAUGCAGCUUGGAAAAUGGGUAGCAAGUGGUGAUAACACACUUGUGAAAGAUGGAAUAAUCUCACUUGAAGAAGGAAAAGUGAGACAAGAAAUCUCAUUGAGGCUACAACAUGUUGAGAGAGGUGUGCUUGAAAUUGAGCUUGAAUGUGUACCUCUUACUCAAUAGUUUGUCCUAUCACAGUUUUUUCUUUUGUAUAUUAUUUCAAUUCUGUGAGGCAGUGACCAUCUUAUGUAGAUGAAAAAAAUAAUAUAUGAAUUAUCAGUAAGUGAUUUUUUUUGGAAGAUACCUUGUUGAAAAAUUUCACUCUUUUUGCCUUUUUCAAGCUUAUUCUCAAGUUGAUAUAUUUAUUUAUAAAAAAAAAAAACGGGUCAUAUUUUCACUUACUAUAAGUUUAGCAGUCUGCUAAAAUACUAUCCCCUCUAUUUCUAAUUAAAUGUUGCUUUGUAUAAAAAAAUUAGAUUAGCUUUUGUGUAUUUUUUGAAUCAAUAAAACAAAUAUUAUUAACCAAAA